AUGGAUAUGUCCAUGGGCACCACCACCUCUGCUGCGGCGGCUGCAACCUCUUCCGCUUCAAGCAUGGGAGAUAUGGACAUGGGUAUGGGCAUGGGCGGCGCUCACGCAUGCAAGAUCUCGAUGCUAUGGAACUGGAACACAGUCGACACAUGCUUCAUCGCCCGGUCAUGGCAUAUAACCUCCCGAGGAAUGUUCGCCGGCUCCUGCAUCGGCGUUAUCCUUCUCGUUAUCUGUCUGGAGUUCCUUCGUCGACUGGGAAAGGAGUACGAUCGAUUUCUGUUGCGACAGGAUAAAUCGAAAGUUGCGGCAUCUGAGACCAGUCAGGAUUCUCCCGCGAAGAUUCCGUCGUUUGGGUUUCGACCUACGGUUUUUCAGCAGAUGGUUAGGGCUCUGUUGCAUAUGUGCCAGUUUGCGGUUGCUUACUUUGUUAUGCUGCUCGCGAUGUAUUACAACGGAUACUUCAUUAUUUGUAUCUUUAUUGGUGCAUACAUCGGCUCGUUCAUUUUUACGUGGGAGACUAUUAGUUCUGGCUUGAUGGGUGACAUCGCCUGUAAUAUUCCAUUCGAUGAUGCGGUCGCAGAAGCUCGAUUAUCUACAAAGUGA